AGGGUCCUCGUGAGGGUGGCCUGAACACUUUGUCCCAGCUUGGCUCAGCCUCUGUGACACCAGAAAGGUGCCAAGCCUAGAUCCUCUUCCACCCCGGACGCCAGGCUUGGUCAUUGGGUCAUGAGCUGCCCUGGUGCUGGGGAGGGCGGUGUCCAGAUUGGUGACAGCCCCUGAACUGGGCUCUUGAUGGUGGGCAGCCGCGGAGGGAGGGGCCCCGGGUCUGUGACGCUGCCGAGAACUGGGUCAAAGCGUCGCCCCCGAGGUUGCCGACCCCUCCCCCAGGGGCGUGGCGAGGCCGGCCCAUAUAGACGCGGCCUCACGGCAGAGCCCGAGCGCGGGCGACAGCAGGUAGGGCGGGCGGCUGGGGACGGGGCGGCAGCUGUGCCCGCUCCAGGGCGCCCGGAGGCCGCAGCCACCGCUCCAGUGGGGAGAGGACCAUGCGGGGACCCGAGCGGCCGGCGCUGACCCCGCCGGGGGCGCUGCCCGCGCUGCUACUGGCUCUAGCUGUGCGUGGGGCGGCAGCGGACACGCCCACGUACCCGUGGCGGGACGCGGAGACGCGGGAGUGGCUGGUGUGCGACCAGUGCCCCCCGGGCACCUUCGUGCAGCGGCCGUGCGGCCGGGACAGCCCCACGACGUGCGGCGCGUGCCCGCCGCGCCACUACACGCAGUUCUGGAACUACCUGGAGCGCUGCCGCUACUGCAACGUCAUCUGCGGGGAGCGCGAGGAGGAGGCGCGGCCGUGCAGGGCCACCCACAACCGCGCCUGCCGCUGCCGCCCCGGCUUCUUCGCGCACGCCGGCUUCUGCCUGGAGCACGCGCCCUGCCCGCCCGGCGCCGGCGUGGCGGCCCCCGGCACCCCCAGCCAGAACACGCAGUGCCAGCCGUGUCCCCCGGGCACCUUUUCAGCCAGCAGGUCGAGCUCGGAGCAGUGCCAGCCGCACCGCAACUGCACGGCCCUGGGCCUGGCCCUCAACGUGCCGGGCUCCUCCUCCCACGAUGCCCUGUGCACCAGCUGCACCGGCUUCCCACUCAGCACGCCCGAUUUCAGGGGACCAGGGACCGAGGAGUGUGAGCACGCCGUCAUCGAUUUCUUGGCUUUCCAGGACAUCUCCUUCAAGAAGCUCCUGCGGCUGCAGCAGGCCCUGACAGGCUCCGGGGGACAGAGUCCGUCGACACUGAGGGAGGGCCGCGUGGCUUUGCAGCUGAAGCUGCGGCAGCAGCUCACGGAGCUCCGAAAGGCGCGGGCCGAGCCGCUGUUGACACGGCUGCUGCGGGCGCUGCGUGAGGCCAGGCUGCCUGGGCUGGAGCGCAACAUCCGUGAGCGCUUCCUCCGGGUGCGCUGAGCACCCCCCUUUAUUUAUUCUACUCCCCGGCUGUGCCCCACCAUGGGCAUUGCCCCAAACCACACCAGAGGAGCCUUCUAAGCAGGCUCCUGUCAAGCUAACGGUUUAUUUUUUAUAAAGCCGUUUUGUAAAACUGA